AUGCUGUCACGAGGUGGAUCUUUACUGCUUACAGGAUGCACUAAACACUUGCAAAACCAAGUGUCUCGUUGUGUAACAACAGUGACGACUAGUUCAUCAACCGACCGCCCGCUACCACUCGAGGGCAUUCGAGUCAUAGAAUGUGGUCAUCUUAUUGCUGGACCUUUUGCCGGAACAAUCUUGAGCUACUUUGGAGCUGAUGUGAUCAAAGUAGAGCCCCCUACAGGUGAUCAAGUGCGCGACUACCGCGAGUUGGACUCGACUAAGACGUCGUUGUGGUGGUACUCACUUGGACGCAACAAACGGUCUGUGGCGAUCGACAUGAAGAAAGAAGAAGGACGGAAGCUUAUUGAAGAGCUUAUUGAGCAGAGUGAUGUCCUCAUUGAGAAUUUUCUUCCUGGUCGUAUGGAGAAAUGGGGACUUGGACCGUGUCAUUUUGAAAAGACAAAUCCCAAACUCGUGUACGCGCGAGUGUCUGGAUUUGGACAGGACGGACCCUACUCAUCAAGACCAGGCUUUGCUUCAGUAUGUGAAGCCAUGGGGGGAUUUCGCUACGUCAAUGGCUUUCCAGACCGUCCACCAGCUCGUCCAAACCUCAGCAUUGGCGACACAAUUGCUGGGAUCCAUGCGGCACUAGGAAUAGUGAUUGCUCUUCUUGGACGUGCGCGAGGAGCUGCAGCUGGGCUGAACAGCGAUGGACAAGUUGUGGAUGUGGCUAUCUACGAAUCGAUGUUUAAUCUCAUGGAGGCAGUGGUGCCUGAGUAUGAUUAUUCAGGAUCAAUUCGCGAAUGCUCGGGCUCCACGAUCACGGGUAUUGUGCCUUCAAACACGUACAUUACCAACGACAAGAAGAAUGUCGUCCUUGCUGCUAACACGGACUCGCUAUUUGUGAAGCUUAUGAAUGCUAUCGGUAGAGAAGAUAUGGCGAUGGACACUAAAUACCGAACAAAUGCUGACCGUGUCGUACAUCAAGAGGAAAUAGACGCUGUGAUCGUGGCUUGGACGGCUGCACAUAAUCUAGAUACUGUGAUUGCAGUAAUGGAGAAGGCUACGGUACCGGUUGGUCUAGUAUACUCUGUGGAAGACAUGGCCAAGGACCCGCACUACCAACAACGUGGGAUGUUUGAGGAGGUGGAAAUUCAUGAUGGAGACAAAACGAGAAGACUUGCAGUGCCUGCAAUCUUGCCUAAGUUGAAGGCCACGCCGGGCAUAACGCUGUUUGCCGGACGUAGACUGGGGCAAGAUACACGCUACGUGCUUGAAAACGUGCUUGAAAAGUCCAAGAAGGAUAUUGAGCGAUUGCUGGAUGACAAGGUGGUCUUUGAGGAAAGUAGAUCGUAA